UGAAACCUAUUGUUUCUGUUUUCCCAGUCCCAAGUACCUCCAUAACUAUACUAAGAAGCGUGGAUUAUCAAUACAAAUGUUGUGUUUAUGUGGAAGUUGGAAGAAAUGCAUUCUCUGCGUGAAUUAAGAGAUCCCUGUUUAUUUGUGGUGGUCUGAGAUGCAAUAACAUCGUUCAACAUGGUUAAAGAACAGAAAUGCAUUCUUUGUGAAACUGUGUACAGCUCCAAACAGGAGAUGGAAGAGCACAUGAGAAGUAUGCUGCACCACCGGGAGCUGGAGAAUCUGAAAGGCCGGGACUGUGGACACGAGUGCCGGGUCUGCGGCGUAACGGAGGUGAGCCUGACCGACUAUGCCAGUCACAUCUCCAGCCCUUUACAUAAACAGCAUGCUGAGGAUCAGAAGAACCAGCCCACAAACAAAGACAAAGAUGAAGAGUAUUUUGACAAAGAAAUUGUGCAGCUUAUCGAGAAACGCAAGGAAAUGAUCAGGAAAGAGGAGGCUUCUGCAAAGCAGGCUAAAGAAGAGCAGGAACAAAGGAGGAGGUGGCAGGAGCUUCGAACUCAGUGGCUUGGGCCAAGGCCCUUGAUGUACCAGCAGUGUGGCCCUUGGGACCGGUCCUAUCCUAACUUUCCUCAGAUGCCCAAAAGGGGCAGAGGCUCCAAUUGGCAGAAUUUGAGAUUUUCAUCCCCUGAACGUGGCAGAAGAUUUAGCCGAGAUGCUAGGUGUGCCACAUGGCAUGCUGAAGGACCGCCUGAUUUGCAGAAAUGGGAAUCUGUCGGUCGUCAAGGAGGGAGUUUGCACAACCAAGGAAACUUCUGGGGUGGUAGACAAGGUGGCUAUGGAGUCUGCCCUCCACAGCAGAGAAAGCAAUUUCACUGGAACAACAGUCAGUUUAAUGUCUCUUGGAAGGGACAAUAUAAGUCACCACCUUCGCUCUUAAAAACGCCUGCAAAAGAGCUUCAGAAGACACCCAGCAACUCUGAGAAUCAGACUCAGGGUGAACAGAGUCUAGAAGAAUCUAGUGGAGAGCAUGAUCCCAACAAAGGUAAGGGUCAGAAGUCAGAGAAGGCUCACCGGUGGGUGCCAUAUCCACCAGCUAAACUUGGAGAUCCUUCAUCUCAGACUAACCCUCAGCCAAUGUUAGAUUUGGAAUAUCCACAAACCUCUAAGGCACAAAGUUUCAACAAGGGCAGUCAGGACAUGGAGAAAAUAUCCAAAGCAGACCAAAACAAUUGGAAGUAUAAACACACAGAACCUGAAAAGAGUGAUUGCAAGGAGCAGAAGAGUUCCUUCAAGAACAUUGGCAGUACUAGCAUGGAUAUUCACACUUACCCCUCCACCUCCACCACUAGAAGAACCAGCAAGCCUGUUGAAGAUUCUUCGAAAAUGAAUCUCAAACAAACCAGAAAUCAAGACUUUGUCAGCUCUAAAAGUUUUAUGCAUUCCCAAACAACCUCUGAAUUCCCACAACAUGCCACUUCCAAUGCAGAGCAGGAUAGUCUGCUGUCAGAGAUGUUGAGAAGGGCUAAAGACACAUUGCUUAAUAGAAAUAACUCUAUCGAUGUAUCUGGUACAGAUAGCAGCCUUAAAGGUUCAAAGGCUGUGCCUCAGGUUAAAGAGCUAGCAGAGAGUUCAGACCUAAACAAGAAUCAAAAAUUAAAUGAGAGUAAGAAGAAACUGAACAAGAACAAAGGCCAAGAAUGUUUGGGUCUUGCAAGACGUUUAAGCAGUGAACGAGAGCAGUUAACCAGUACUGAGACCUCAGUACAGACUGGCAAUGUGCGUAAUGACACUAGGCCAUCUCUGCAGUCCUUACAAGUUAGUACCUCCACUAUGGACCACGAAGAUGAGGAAGAGUGUGGUGAAAUGGAAGAAAGUACAGUACAGGAUCAAGUCAUGGAUACCCUGGAUGAAGGUAUGUGUUCAGGUGGUGAGGGGUCCCACAGCAGCCCAUCCCAACAAACUGCCAGUGGCUCUGUGCCCUCUUUAAGUAAGCUUGCAUUGCCUGCAUGUCUACAAAGGGAUUUGAACCGCCAUAUUGGCACCAAAGGCAAAGCAGCAUCCCAUGAACCCAACUUGAACAUUGCCAGACGUAUUAGAAAUUUGAGUGAAACAAAAAAGAAUGAGACUGAGAAGGACUCAGGACUUAAACCUACUUUGCGACAGCUCAUUAGCUCAUCUGGUUCAAGGCGCAAUGUCAACUGGGACCAGGUCUACCAGGAAGUCAACCGGAAGAAGCAGGGCAAGGGCUUACCAAGAUUUGGUAUAGAAAUGGUGCCCUGUGAACCUGAGGGUCCAAACCAAAUGGAUGAAGAUGUACCUCUUUCUGAGGGCUUUCAUUGGGACUCUCUGAUUGAAUUUAGUCAAGUGCCUACCCGCAAACGUAGCUUGUCUGAAAGCAAUUUGGUCAAAGAUGGCCCUGCUGGUACCAGCUCUCUCCCCAAAGCUGUAGACCCAGUGCGAGACUCUCUUGCUUGUGGCCCCUCACAGCCACCAAGGAGAGAGGAGCUGCAGUCCAAAGGUCACCUGGAGAUUCAAGGUUCGAAAGGGCCUUCUAAAGGCCCAGAGGAAGUUGAAGAAGAUGGCGGUUGUAUAUCAGAUGCUGAACUGAUGGACACACAAGGAGCUGGGAAGAAACGCAGAGCUCCAGGGGAUGUUGUGUCUCCAGAGAUUCCUAAUGAAGAUAGGAAAAACAAGAGGCAAAAAAUUAAGGCUAAGAAAGAGCGCUCGCAAGUGGAUCAGUUGCUGGCUGUAUCUUUACGUGAGGAGGAGCUUAACAGCUCUCUUCAGGCUGUGGAUAACAGUCUUAUUCAGGCACGUGCCGCCCUGCAAGCUGCCUAUUUGGAAGUACAGCGCCUUCUUAUGGUCAAACAACAGGUAACCAAUGAGAUGAACUCUUUGAGAACCAAGCGCAUUGAAAUUCUUCAAGGAAUGCAAGGUGAAUUUGAGUCAAAAGAAAGUGAGAGGAACAGUGGGGAGAUCUUAACGUCUUCAUCAACCCAGGUUUCUCAGAUCACCGCCAGUCCUGUUCACCCAACAACAGCUGCUCACUCAUCCUCUUCAACCUCCUCACUUCCUGUUACCAUCAAACAGGAGCCCAUCUUUCAAUGUAACCCCAUUCCUGAGCGUAACCUUGUCAAAAGCCCCCUCCUAGCACCUCAGAGUACUGCGCCUGUCCAAACUGUGUUUGCAGCUUGUCAAACAGAUACUACCUUCUGCGGUAAGACGGGGGCUUCGCAAGAUGCCACAAGCAUGGCUUUGACAGCAGCUUCAUCAGUUCACAGAUUACAGCCGUCACCCGUCAAAGAAAUUCAGCGAAAUUCGAGCUCUCAAGAAGGGUUAGCCAACCCGUCUUCCUCACUAAUGUCUGCAACCCUCUCUCCGAAGCCGCUGUCUCCCUCUAACCACCUAGAAACGAAUCCAGUUAAGCGUGUUCGAAAGCUAAAAAAGAGAAAGUGUCUUAAUAAAGCAAAGUUGAAUGAGCAGCCUGAAAUCAGCGAGUCUGAACUUGAUGCAGAGCAGCCCGCUCCUCGACCGGUCCGGAAGUGCCGACCCCAUCGGCGAUCCAGCAGCACCUGCGUCUCACACCCGACACCAGAAGAGAAAGAUGAAAAUGAAGAGAUGAUGGUGACCGACGCAUCAAAGGCACAACCACAGGAAACCAAGCUCACAACACCACCAGAGAAAGAAGAGCACUCCGAAUCAUCUGAACUGGAGAUAGUGGAGCUUCCCCCGCCUGAUAUUGAUAUUGUCAAUCUAGAUUCUUCAGAUGCAGACGAGAUGCCUGAAAAGAAGGACAAGGAGUCGGCCACAACAGACCAUGGCGUCACAGACCCCCAAAAUCUUGCCUGCAAUGAAGUCACCUCCACUAGUGAAAUUGAUACUAGCAGUAUAAUCAAGGCUUGUGAUAGUGAAAUUAAAUCAGGCUCAACAGCGCUGGAGUCCAAGGUGCCUUCAGAUGUAUCAGAUCCAGGGGAGGAGGAGGUGCCAACGGAAGGAGAGUUUGCAGGCCAUCAAGAGGCCGUGAAUGGAAUGCAGAUCCAUAAUGGACUGCUGUACACUUGCUCAGGGGACCGCACCAUACGCGCUUUCAACCUGAUAAGCCGGAAGUGUGUGGCUGUGUUUGAAGGUCACAGCAGUAAAGUGAAUUGUCUGUUGGUGACAUGUGGAGGAGGCCUGCAACAACGCCUGUACUCGGGAUCAAGUGACCAGACCAUCCGCUGUUACAACCUCAAGACAACAGAGUGUGUGGAGCAGCUGUCCCUCCCAGAUCGAGUGCUUUGUCUUCAUAACCGAUGGAAAAUUCUCUACGUGGGUCUGGCCAAUGGCUCUGUGAUCACCUUCAGUCUUAGGAACAAUAAGCAGCUGGAUGUGUUUGAGUGUCACGGCCCACGGGCUGUAAGUUGCCUGGCGACGGCUCAGGAAGGGGCUCGACGUAUCCUGCUGGUCGGCUCUUAUGACUCCACCAUCAGCGUUAGAGAUGCAAAGAGUGGCCUGCUGCUGCGAACGCUGGAGGGCCACAGCAAAACUGUGCUCUGCAUGAAGGUGGUGAAUGAUUUGGUGUUCAGUGGCUCGAGUGACCAGUCUGUACAUGCACAUAAUAUACAUACAGGAGAAUUGGUGAGGAUCUACAAGGGUCAUAGUCAUGCCGUCACUGUGGUGGCCAUACUGGGAAAGGUGAUGGUCACCGCGUGCCUGGAUAAACUGGUCCGUGUGUACGAGCUCCAGUCUCAUGACAGACUUCAAGUAUAUGGUGGACAUUCAGACAUGGUGAUGUGUAUGGUCAUCCACAAGAGCAUGAUCUACACAGGCUGCUAUAAUGGGAGCGUGAGAGCUGUCAGAUUGAACCUGAUUCAGAACUACCGCUGCUGGUGGUACGGUUGUACGCUGAUCUUUGGCGUGAUGGAGCACCUGCAGCAGCACCUGCUGAAUGACCACACCAGCCCAGCGCAGCAAACAUUCAAAUGCCGCUGGAGAAACUGCGACACCUUCUUCACUACCCGCAACGGCUCCAAACAGGCAGUGCAUUGUCACAUGCAGAAACAUGCUGAAGACGACAGUAAAAUGGAGCCAUGAGGGGCCAAGGCAAUUUUCACAGACAUGUUCUCCUCUUUUCCCAUAUUGGGAAUGUCUCAUUCAGCCCUCACCAGAGGAGCCCUGUUCAUGGGCAUAUUUUUUUGAUACGAACCAUCAGAUACCGACAACUGCCACUUAGAGAUGUUAACGCCACAAUUUAAACAACGAUAGUUGAUUUUAUCCUCAGAUAAGCUGGUUUUAUGUAAAACAAAAUUUAUUGUAAUGUCAAAUUAUUGUAAUGUCAAACAAAACAAAGAACAUUUCUCUGUAAGUGGAUUUGAUUUGUUGGUAUUUUGAUGAGAGGAAAUCUUUUACACGUGUCUCCUCUGUUUCACUUCUAUGUGAAGUGUGAAAUAUGCUCAAUUCUUUUAUACUGAUGUGGCAUUGCUCUGAUAUUCUCCUGGAAGGGAUUGAUCUCUGUAUCAGACGCUUCUUCAAGUCUCUCAUCUGAUCAUGCACUGUAUUGUAUCAUCAGCUCUGAGAUUUACUGACCAAAUACAGACAGAAACUGUGGGAAACAUAUGGGUACCGGUGCAGCAAAAGAGAUGCGGCAGCUCCCUCAGCAAACACGUGUAGCUCAAUAUUGUGUGUGCCGUAUGUGUUUAAAGAUCUUCUAAUGUGGAGUGAUUUCAGAAAGCAUGAGACUUGUCGUGUCAAGCGACCAGAUUUGAGUGUUGUAACGUUGCAGCUUUUACGUAAUUUUCUGGUUCAUGGUAUUCAUUACCUCUCAAAGCAAACUGUUAUUCUGAGACACUUUUCAAUCUGAUUUACAAAUACAUCAAUUUAGUCAAAUUUUGUCUGGUGAUUUUAUUUGGUUUUCUUUAAUUCAUUCAAAUGUAGUCAUUUGAGUGGUUGAGUUUAUUUCCCAGUAUUUUUUUUUUUGUUUGUUUGUUUUUUUUGUUUUUUCUGUGGUUGCUCACCAAAGGUGAAGUAAAGUUAAAGGAUUCAGGUUUGCCGUGACUCUUCAGUCUGCAGUUGAAAUGUUUGCUGUGCUGUUGACAGAAACUGUAAUGUGGCAGUUAGUGUUCGUAAGCCAUUGAGAACAACGUGAAUGUGUUUUAUGGGACGGUGUGAACAAGACUAGGUCGUUUUAUUUUAUUUUUUUUCCUAGAGUGAAGAAGGUUUUUUCUUUUCUUUUUCUUAAUUUUGUGCCGAUUUGUUUUAUGCAAGUCCAGGAGGGUCCUCACACAGGAAAGUACCUUUCUUUUGCUGUGCGAGAAUGAAAGUUGUAGAGGUGAAAACAUGGGAGGUGUUUUUGUGCAGUUGGGAGUGUAUUACAACACUUCCUAUAACCUUCAGCCGUUACGCACACACUAACCAAAACUUACUGUAACAUAAACUGAAAAACAUUUGGUGACAUCUUAACUUGGUUUGGAGGUUACUCGUGUUCGAUUUUAUAAAGAGUAACAUCAUUAUCUCACGUCAGCUGGACUAGAACAUUUUACUACCCUUAAGUAUUGUAUUUUUAACUCUAUAUGGUCACUCGAGUUUUUUUCAUUAUAUUAUAAAAUACAGCUUGUGUUUUUUUCACCCAGUCAUAAACUUUGAAAUGCGUCUCGGCUCUUUUGCUAUAGUUGUGUGUUGCUGAGGAGAGAUUUGCAGCCAGCCUCUUACCUGGUGUUCCCAAGUUUCUCACACUUGUUCAUUUCAUUCAUACUGUUGAAACCUUUAUAGACAUUUUGUACACAAACGCUAUUGAAACAAAGGAAUAAAAAAUAACACUGUG